AAAGACAAUUGGCGUGCAGAUCAUUUCCUUGUCAAGUUCAUUUGACAAAGCAGAGAAUUUCAGGUCUGAAUCUAGAUAAGAGAAGAAAAGAAGGAGAAUGAAGAAGAAGAAGACAUUUGUAUGUGAUGAAACAAUGAUCAUCACCAUUCCCAUUGGGAGUCUGAGGGACGCUGGAGAUGGUCAACUGAUGCCGGAGAACUUUCAGUGUGUGUACAAAGAUUCCUACAAGGUCUUUGCGAUCAGAGGGAAACCUAAACCUCUCGGAGCAGCCCAAGCCAUCGCUGGUGUGUUCAUUGUCACGCUCGGUCUGAUCUUUACUCAGACAGAUUACGUCAUCAAGAUCUACACUCUACCCAGUUUUCUGUUUGUGGUGUGUGGUGUGCUGUCCUAUGCAGCUGGACAAUAUCCAAACAUCCAUGUGACGAAGCUGUCAUUCUCUCUGAACAUCAUCAGCCUCUUCUGGUCAAUUGCGGCAGUUUGUAUCUGCUUGAUCCAUCUUCAUGUUCCACCAGGAUAUCGCAUGUCACAGGUCCAUGAAGGAAUCAAGGGACUGAUUUUGACUCUGCUGAUUGUUGAAAAGUUAAUCGCCCUUUUCUUGAUCUACUGGUUGAGUAAAGCUGUAUGCAGGCAACAUUUCAACACUUUGCCCAUCAUACUGCUGAAACAGGGAGACUGAGACUUGAUGGAGCUCAACAAGCCAAUGACCCACCGGCUAUUUACAUGGUACCUAUAAUUUCCUUAUUGUAUGCAGAGUGUAUAAAACCCUAUCAGUGUCAUAUACCCCUCAAUAUACAACUAUUCAUUUCAGAAGUAGUACAGUAUUUUGUUUGUGUACAUCUACCUGUUUAUUGCUGUUUAAUCAUUUUAUAACAGUAUAGACCAUUAAUAAAAAAAGAAGUAUUGGUGUUACCUUUGGUUUCUAAGUCCCGGAGAACAUUGUAUUGUCUCAACUCCUGGAAGUUUAGAUCAUAUUUUAAAACUCCUUGUAUUGUGAUCAUUGUUUGCUUUUAUUCUGUUCUCUGUGAAUCACUUUGUAUCUUUGUUUUGGGCAAAUAAAUAUGAUUAUUUUAUUUGUUAAUG